CCAUCAUUUGAAACCAGUUAUUUUAUUGGAAUUCAGUUGUAAAUUUGUUGGUAACAGAAAUAGUUUUGAAGGGAUUUUCUUGUGAAUGAAGUAUUAGUUGAUUGGUUAUUAAUUUAUUAGUUUGAUGAGUGUUAACCCUGAAGUGCUACGGAUAUUUUCUGUGAUGAGGAGAUGAAUCUGUGACGAAAACUUGGGAAGUUUCAAAUAUUUUUGUGCGGAUGAUUUUGUAAAAACUUUUGUCAAGUUUGGAGAAGUUCUUCGGGAAUAUGUCGUCCAGUAUGGAGGUGACGUCAUCAUCUAGCAGCCGAGAAAUUCGAAAAAUUCGGAAGCCACUAAUGGAGAGAAAACGGAGAGCUCGAAUUAAUGAUAGCUUGGAUGCUUUACAAAGACUUCUAACAGAGGCUGAGGGAAAAGAUCUUUUACAAAACCGGCAGACAAAACUGGAAAAGGCAGACAUUUUGGAGAUGACUGUACGCCAUCUGCAGAAUUUGAAUCGUCAGCAAAAAUCGUCUCAGUGUCGUUGCCUGACAACCAAACAUACAAACAACUCUGGCAAUAAUUACUGUAUAACAACAUCUGCAACAAGAGGAAUAAGUAGAAUCAACAAUUUUUCGAAGAAAUCUACAGACAGAUGUUCCACAACUUCAGAUACUAAUGAAUUGGCAUCAAGCUUAGGUAGUCUUAGUGGUUGUAUUCCAAGAGACGAUCUUGAAUGUGUGGAUUUUCCUGGUGGAAAAUCCUUGGAAAACUCGCGAUUUCCCAACAAAUGUAGGUUUGGUGGUGUGGGAAAAUCGAAAUUUUCCAACAAGCAUAGCUUGGGUGGUGUGGAAAAUUCACAAAUUUCCAACAUACGUUGUAGUAAUGAAAAUUAUGGUGUGGAAAAUUCAGACUCAACCGUCAAAUGUAGUUUGGAUAGUGUGGAAAACUCGCAAUUCUCCAACAAAUGUGGUAGUAGGGAUGGAAACUUGAAAUUUAUCAACAAAGGUUUCUGA